GUAGAGUUGAGCUCUGAGAAGAGAGAUGAGCGCGUGUAUGUACGGUUCGGUUAUUCAGCCAUCGUCGCCAUUACCAUUGAUUCAAGAACGCUAUUCUCAUCUUCCUAUUCGCCGUUUAUGCCCUCUCUCUCUUAAGAACAAGAACAGAAUUAGGGUCACUACUACCUCUGUUCUGCAACGCGACCUUGGAGUCGUGUCCACUGACUCCGACGACGCCGUUUCGUCGCUGAACCGAAACCCUGCAAUUGAGUUGGAGACAGAGCAACACAACGAAGAAGAAGCAGCACCACCACUACUCCUCAAUGAAGAUAACAAAGGGACGAGACUUGCAAAGAAGAAAGAAGACGACAACACCUUCGAUAACGAUAACCGUUACAAGCUCCGCAACGGAAGGGAGGUUUUUGAAGAGAAAGCCUAUGUUGUAGGCGUGGAGCGCAAAAGUGAUGUUCAGGAUUCUUUUGGCACAGAAGAAUCUCUCAGUGAAUUGGAACAGUUAGCUGACACUGCUGGAUUAAUGGUUGUUGGUUCUACAUACCAAAAGCUUGCUUCUCCAAACCCUAGGACCUACAUUGGCUCUGGCAAGGUUUCUGAGAUUAAGAGUGCAAUUCAUGCAUUUGACGUUGAAACUGUGAUCUUUGACGAUGAGCUGUCAGCUGGGCAAUUGCGUAACUUGGAAAAGGCUUUUGGUGGAGAUGUGAGAGUUUGUGAUCGAACUGCUCUCAUCCUUGAUAUAUUUAAUCAGCGAGCAGCAACACAUGAAGCUUCUUUACAGGUUUCAUUAGCACAAAUGGAAUACCAACUACCUCGUCUAACAAAAAUGUGGACUCAUCUUGAGCGUCAAUCAGGAGGAAAGGUGAAGGGAAUGGGUGAAAAACAAAUAGAAGUGGACAAGCGUAUUUUGCGUAACCAAAUUGGUAUUCUGAAAAAAGAGCUGGAAUCUGUUAGGAAACACCGAAAGCAGUAUCGAAACAGGCGUUUCUCAGUACCUGUACCAGUGGUAUCCUUGGUUGGUUACACAAAUGCUGGUAAGAGCACACUUUUGAAUCAAUUAACUGGAGCAGAUGUUCUUGCUGAGGAUAAAUUAUUUGCAACUUUAGAUCCAACUACGAGGAGGGUACAGAUGAAGAAUGGAAGAGAGUUUCUCCUAACAGACACUGUUGGUUUUAUUCAGAAGUUACCUACUACACUAGUUGCUGCCUUCAGAGCUACCCUGGAGGAGAUAUCAGAGUCAUCACUUUUGGUGCAUGUGGUUGAUAUCAGUCACCCCCUGGCUGAGCAACAGAUAAAUGCUGUGGACAAAGUUCUGUCAGAACUAGAUGUUUCAUCAAUUCCAAGAUUGAUGGUCUGGAACAAGGUUGAUAAGGCUAGUGAUCCCCAGAAAAUCAGGCUAGAAGCUGAGAAAAGAGAUGAUGUUGUAUGCAUAUCUGCUUUAAGUGGGGAUGGCUUACCAGAAUUCUGUAAUGCAGUUCAAGACAAACUAAGGGACUCCAUGGUAUGGGUGGAAGCUUUGGUCCCAUUUGAAAAUGGGGACCUUCUCAGCACCAUACACCAGGUUGGAAUGGUGGAAAAAACUGAAUACACAGAGCAAGGGACAUAUAUCAAGGCACAUGUGCCCCUGCGUUUUGCAAGAUUGCUUACACCCAUGAGGCAACUGUGUGUAUCACGACCUUAACUUUCUUAAAUAUAUACAGAUUUUUUACAUUAACUUUCUUAAAUAUUUGCCAAUCUGUAGUGUAGAAAAUGAUUAGUAUAAUUUUGCAUCAUGUAUAUUUGAAGCCUUGGGUGAGGGAAGCAAUUGUAAUGACUUGCAGCAUAACAUGUCUCAUUUAAAGCUGUACAUAUGUAUGUAAUUAUUGAAAUCAUAUUUGCAAGCCCUUGAAAUGGAGACUAUUGAAUGAU